AUGUAUGAUUAUUUAUAAAAAAAGGAAUCAUGGGGAUUUAAGAAUUUUAAACUAUUUCUCUACUUAUGCCCUCCAGGAUGUUUGGUUUGUAUGCAAAGUGAUUCUGAGUUUGAUUGUAAAUCAUGGGUAUUAACUCAUACUGCCUAUACUGAAAUUGAUUUUACUUUAUUUAUUACAGAUGGAUGGACUAUUAGUAAUGGAGAUGUAAAUAAAUAAUAAUGUUUCAGUAAGAUAUUAAAAUGUUAUAUUAGUGAUUCCCACUAUAUGUGGGAAUGGAGUUUGUGGAAAAGAUACUGUAGUGUCUUUGAAUUUAAUAAAUAUUCCCACUCAUUCAUAAAUGAAAAUAAAGCUAAAGUAUUUAAAGAUUGAUAGUUGGGAAGUGACAGAUUAAGUUUAAUUGAAAGUUGAUGGUGAAUUGAAAUUGGAUUAGAAGCUCUCAUUAUUAGAUGAAUAUUUAUAUGGAAUUUGUGGAACAACUUAAAAAGAAGUAUUUGUUAAUAUAGAACUUACAUUUCCUCAUUCUAUUUCUAGUGCCAGAAUAAAAAUUGAAAACACUUUAGAUUAAACAUUUUUAGACGAGUCUUUUGGGAUAAGAGACAUAUAAAUAUUUAUAAGUAUAUAUAAUAUAUAUAUUUAGAAUAAUCAGUAUGUGGUGAUCAAGUAGUUGAAUUAUAAGAAGAAUGUGAUGACGGCAAUUUGUUUCCAUUUGAUGGUUGCUUUAACUGCAUGUUUUCAUGUGUUGAUGGUUGUUCUGAAUGUAGAGAUAUGAUAUGUUUAAGUUGUUAUGAGGGUUGGAUUUAUUUGGAAUAUGAAUAAAUUUGUGAAAAAGAGAUUAUUUAAGAAUAUUCUUUAAUAACUAUCCUAGAACUCUAAACUUAAUUUGAUUUUUUUCCUCCAAUAGAUAAUUGUUAGGUUUGUUUAUUGGGAAAGUGUAUUUUAUUUCAAAAUGACUUUUUUUUUAAUUAAUUUAAUANACUUGUUGAAUAGAGAAAACUUAAAUAAUUAAAUGUUAAGAAUUUUUUUUGA